ACAUAACGGGUUUUUUGUCUGUCAAAUUAUUACUCGUUUUUAUUGCAACAAGUGUGAAGCGGAAGCGCUAAUAGCCAUCAUAAUAAAAUAAAAAUAAUAAGCAAAUUCGACAAAUUUGAAUAAUGCUCGACAGUGCUAAUUUCUGGCCAACAAUCUAAAUAGAUUGCUAUAAUUUAUUAAUUAAAGAGCCCUAAUUGGGAGCCAUUAAAACAAUUGCAUAUGCAGAUGCCGAAUUUGAGAUUUGUGCCAUUUGUUCAGCCAGUUCGAAGUGGUUAUAACCGACUGUAAGCAGAGUUACGACUUACAACAACAAAUCAGAAGCAGCAACAACAGCAACAACAGCAACAUCAACUGCGAGCACCAUAAAAGAGCUAAGGUUGAAGUGUCGACAGAUUAAAACGUUGGAAUGGCAGCUACCUCGCGCACAUCGCGCCAAAAUCCCGCCUUCAUUGGCGACGAUGGACGCAGCACGGCCAGCACGGUGGUUAUGUCAUCGUCCUUCAACGAGCCGGAGGAUGCGGAACGUAACAAAGGACCGUCCGGUGGUCGCGAGGAGCGUGCCACAUGGGGCAAGGGCAUUGAGUUUCUCAUGUCCUGCAUUGCAAUGUCCGUGGGUCUCGGAAAUGUUUGGCGUUUCCCCUUCACUGCCCUGGACAAUGGGGGUGGGGCAUUUUUAAUACCCUACCUCAUUGUGCUCUUUCUGGUGGGUAAGCCCAUCUACUAUCUGGAAAUGAUAAUUGGCCAGUUUUCGAGUCGCGGCUCCGUAAAAGUAUUCGACUUGUGUCCAGCCAUGAAGGGUGUUGGCGCCGGUCAGGCAUUCCAGGUCCUCAUGCUCAGCACCUACUACGCCGCGCUGGUGGCCAUCAUUGGCCAAUAUUUCUUCGAGUCCUUUCGCAACCCACUACCCUGGGCCACAUGCCGUCCAGAGUGGGGUAAGAAUUGUAUCGACUCGGCGCCGCGUGAGGGUGUGGCAGACCCGACUAAUUGGCAGGGGCAGCAGCAAAAUUUAACAAACUUAACUCCGGACCAUGACCAAAAGCGAUUGAUUUCAAGCUCGGAGUGGUUCUUUGUCAAGGAAGUUCUGCACGAGAAGGCGAACAUUGAGGAUGGCAUUGGCCUGCCCAACUGGCAGCUGGUCGUAGGACUAUUCGUGUCCUGGUUGUGUGUCUUCCUCAUCAUACGUCGCGGAGUCAAGAGCUCCGGCAAGGCCUCGUAUUUCUUGGCCCUCUUCCCCUACGUCGUCAUGGGCGUAUUGCUUGUGAGAGCCGUCACGCUGCCCGGCUCCAUCGAUGGCAUCAUAUAUUUUAUUAAGCCCGUUUGGAGCAAGAUUCUGGACCCGAAAGUGUGGUACGCCGCCGUCACGCAGUGCUUCUAUUCGCUGUCCGUUUGCUUCGGCAACAUCAUCAUGUACUCCUCGUUCAACAAGUUCGGGCACAAUGUGCAUCGAGAUGCGACAAUAGUCACGGCCCUGGACACGGCCACAUCCAUGCUGGCGGGUUGCACCAUAUUUGGCAUUCUGGGGCAUCUGGCGCACGAAAUCGGCACAGACGAUAUUGGCAAGGUGGUGAAGGGAGGCGCCGGAUUGGCAUUCAUCUCCUAUCCGGAUGCCAUAGCCAAGUUCAAGAGUCUGCCGCAAAUAUUCUCGGUUCUCUUCUUCUUGAUGUUGUUCGUCCUCGGAAUAGGCUCCAACAUUGCGAUGACGUCGUGCACAGUUACGGCGAUUCGCGAUCGCUUUCCCAACUUCAAACAGUGGCAGUGCGCUCUGCUUAUUGCCUGCGUUAGCUUCGCCAUUGGGCUGGUCUACAUAACGCCGGGCGGACAAUUUAUGCUGACGCUUGUGGACUUCUUUGGCGCCUCGAUGAUUGCCUUGGUUCUGGGCAUCGCCGAACUCUAUACGAUUGGCUGGAUCUAUGGCACCGAUCGUCUGUGCAAGGAUGUUGAGUUCAUGAUGGGACGCAAGGUUGGCAAAUACUGGCGCCUGUGCUGGGCCGUCAUCACACCACUUAUUAUGACCGUGAUUCUCAUAUACUUCUAUGCCACCUAUGAGCCACUCACAUACAACAAUAUCAUAUAUCCCCACUGGGCGUAUUCAAUCGGCUGGACUAUUACGGCCUUUGGCAUCCUUCAGCUGCCGCUGUGGAUGAUCAUCGCUAUUAUUCGGGACCCUGGCAAGACGCUGAGCGAGAAAAUUCGUGGUGCAUUCAGUCCCAAGAAAAAUUGGGGACCCGCUGAUCCAAUAUUACGCGAACAGUACAAUAAGGAGAUUGAAAACGAGCUGAUGCCGAAGCGUGGACGCGGCUUUUGGCCCAGCAUCAAGCAAAACAUAUUUGGUUAGGGUCGACCAAUUUGCUGUCCAGAAUUUGUACCCGUAAUGCCUGCUUAAUUCGCGUGUAAAUAUCGUACUCCUUUAGCAUAAGUUCGGAAAGUAUUUGCUCAUUAUUUGUAAGUGUGCCAAUAAAAAAUGUGAAAUGAAAUGGA